AUGGACGCCCCGGAAAUCGAGCAGGAUGUCCAGCUGGAGCGUUCGGCCCCGACUCUCCUUGCAGACUUGGGACAAUCGCUAGAACCAUUCCUCAGGAAGUAUGGGCAUAUCAGGCGCAAUGUUCGUCUUGCGGAUACGGACAGGCUGGUGAACCUCCUCGAGCCUUUCCAAGAGCUCCCCCAACUUCUCGAUCCCCAUCUGAAGGCAUUUGUACCACUCCUGGCCAGAGCGUUCAUCGAAUACCUGCAGACUCCUCCCAAGAAUCCAUCCCACACGCAUCUUCUGAUACCCCUUUCCAAGGCUAUAUGCAAGCUGCUAUACACUUUCUGCAAGAUUCGAGGAGAGAAAGUGAUCGUGCAAUUCCUGAGUACAGAGACAAGGCAUCUCGAACUGCUCCUCUCUGCGCUCGAGGAGGGGAGCCAGGAUGAAGCUCCUGGCAGUUGGUGUUGGGAAGAACGGUACAUAGCGUUGCUCUGGCUGUCCCAAUUACUUCUUGCCCCAUUCGACCUUGCAAGCAUCUCCUCACGAGGGACCGAGGACAUCGUGAAACUGAAUAUACCUGGGCUUAUAUGUCCGCCAAAUGUUCCAGCGGUAACGACACGGGUUAUUUUCCUUGCUGUCAACUAUCUUUCAUCAUCUGGCAAAGAGAGAGACGCUGCCAAAACUCUGCUAGUACGCGUAGCCAUGCGACCGGAUAUGCAACAAGUGGGCGUUCUCCGGGCCUUAGUUGAAUGGGCUCUCUCUUGCCUCAAUCCCGCAUCAACUCUCCAAACCUCGCCUUACUAUUAUAUCGGUGUUCUAUCGUUCGUUGCUGGUUUGCUUGUAUCCUCGGCUGGAACUCCUGAUAUGGUUUCGUAUGUCCCAGCCAUUUUUGACAUCACCAGAGAUCAAGAUGACAUGCCUACUGCAAUUUUAGACGCUAUCAAAAAGUCCGCAGUAUCCCGCAAGAUCAUCAUCAAGAUCUUUCGGGCAAUCGCCGUGCUUGAACUUUCUAAUCCGCAGCUGACAGACCUGGAUCGGGUUCAGACCCUCAUAGGCGACCUGUUGGACUCUCUCGAGGACUCGGCUACCCCUGUCAGGCUUGCUGCCAGCAAAGCGCUCAGCAUCAUCACCCUAAGGCUGGAUUCUGAUAUGGCAUCUCAGGUGGUAGAUGUCGUUCUUGACACAUUCCAUGGUACGUACAGAACCAAGAGAGGGCUCCCGGACCUGUCUGAUGUCAAACCGUUCCAAUGGCAUGGUCUUGUUUUGACAUUUUCGCAUUUGCUGUAUCGCCGCUCCAUUCCGUCGGCGAGACUGCCUCCUGUCUUAAAUGCUCUCCGCUUGGCUUUAUCAUUUGAAAAGCGUUCCACUACUUCGGCCACUUCCACGGGUACGAAUGUUCGGGAUGCAGCGAACUUCGGCAUCUGGGCAGUGGCGAGGAGAUAUUCCACAGCCGAGCUGCAAGCCAUUAAUCUGGACUCCCUAGAUGGGUCGGUGAAAAGCCUGUCCGCGUUGCAAACUUUGGCCACCGACCUUAUCAUCUCAGGGUCACUUGACCCUGCAGGUAAUGUCCGCCGAGGUUCUUCAGCCGCUCUACAAGAGCUGAUUGGACGCAAUCCGGAUACAAUUCUCCAAGGAAUCACGGUCGUGCAAGUCGUCGACUACCAUGCCAUCGCGCUUCGCUCGAGAGCUGUUGAGGAGGUUGCAAUCCAGGCAGCGGCUCUCUCGGAGGGCUACUACGACGGGCUUCUAGACGGACUUUUGAGUUGGCGCGGCCUGAAAGAUACGGACGCUGCUGCUAGGCGAAUUGCUGCCUCAGCGGUAGGGAAAAUGGUUUGGGCCAAGCGGUUGAGAAGUCGGAAUCCAUGGGAGGGGUACCGGAAAACGCUGAGUCUCAUUGCUGGGCGAAUGGUGACUCUCGGUGUUCGUGACAGUGAUGAGCGGCAUGGUUUGGUUCUCUGCCUCGCGUCCAUCAUGAAACUUUUCACGGAAGAUAUGAAUCUUUCUGCGAGCCAUGGGGCAGAUGAGACGAUUCCCAUGAUCUUAGAAAUCACCGCGGGAAUUCUCAAAUACGUCAAUGAAGGCUGGGCGGCAGUGAGAAAUCAAGAACUGAUCGCGGAGGCAACCUGCCAACUCUUCUUGGCCACCAAAGGCUUGCUUGAAGCUGAGAAUCAGGCCAUCCCACAUCUCAUCGCCGGUCAGAUGUCCGCCGUCGAGAAAUUUAUGACUCUCGAUGGCCCAAUAGUCAACAUUGUCUCAGACGCAGUCGCGGAGCUGAUGACACUGGUCAGCAAGGACGAAAUGGAUGCGCUAAUCAAGCAGUAUAUCUACAAGUCUAAGACCUUCUCUAAAGGCCGACAUGCCUCCAAGAAUGGCGCAUACCUACACGCCAUCUUCAAGGUCUUUCCCGUUACACCAAGACACCAACAAGCCAUCCUCAGCACGAUCCAAGAAAUCUGGACCCAAGAUCCAGAUAUAGACACUCGUGUUACGAUCCUCAGAUGUCUAGCACCUAGCCCUAUCAUCCGUACCAAAUUAGACUCUGUUUUCCGCCUCAUCGAAGAGGGCCUGGACGAUUUCACGACCAAUGCCCAAGGCGACGUCGGCUCCAAAGUUCGCAUCGAAGCCGCCAAAGUUGUGCGUUCUGUUUGGGCUUCUACAACAGCCCCUGACCAUGAAUCAGAGAUUAGAACCAGACUUUGCGGUCGGGUACUACGGACAGCAGCGGAGAAAUUAGACAGAGUCCGAAGAGAAGGCCAACGCUGCUUACUGCUCAAUGAUAACGAGCUUUCCACAGUGCAAACGCUCGACCCUUCAUCCACCCCCUACUUCCGCAUCUUACUCGAUAUCCAAUGCCUCCCGUGGUAUAGCUCAUCUCCACACGCCUCAACUUGGUCCGAAACCUUCCUCUCGGGCUACGUAAUAUCUGCUGACGCCGGCGCCGAAAAACUCGUGCAGGCGUCUCGCUCCGCGCUCCUCGAUUUCUGCGAAGCCUCCCCCUCAAACUGUGAUUUGACGGGGCAGACUCUCCUCGCAAUCAUCAAAAGCAACGUACAGUCUUCGAACGACCGGAUCCUCGUCUCUGCGCUCGAAGUCAUGAGAUUCCUGUUCGAUAUGGGGGUCAUGCAACAGUCCUCGGUCGACUGGAAGGAUUUCUUUCUCUGGGUCCAGAAAGCGCAUUACCAGAGCACUAACAUCCGCAAGAUUGAGGUGUGCGUUCGGCUUUACGGGGGCCUGGUAGAGAUGGGAGCCGCCGCAGGGGUGGGCGCGAAAGCAGCGGCGAAGAUGGUGGGCAUGUUGGUGCAUCGGUAUCCGAGUGUGAGGAGCGUCGUUGCGGACGAGCUCUGGGUUCGGAGAGGCCUGCUGGGAUUGAAGGGCGUGGAUUGGGGGCGGGCGCAGAAGGGGGAUCUAGAGGGUGUGAGGAUGGAGUUGGCUGCUAUGUAG